AUGAACAUACAAGCCCGCCACUGUUACCACGCCCACAAGCCCGUCACCGCUCGCCCGUCACCGUUACCACGCCCACAAGCCCGUCACCGCUCGCCCGUCACCGUUACCACGCCCACAAGCCCGUCACCGCUCGCCUGUCACCGUUACCGCGCCCACAAGCCCGUCACUGUUACCAUGCCCACAAGCCCGUCACUGUUACCAUGCCCACAAGCCCGUCACCGCUCGCCCGUCACCGUUACCACGCCCACAAGCCCGUCACCGCUCGCCCGUCACCGUUUCCACGCCCACAAGCCCGUCACCGCUCGCCCGUUACCGUUACCACGCCCACAAGCCCGUCACCGAUCGCCCGUCACUGUUACCACGCCCACAAGCCCGUUACCACGCCCACAAGCCCGUCAACGUUCGCCCGUCACCGUUACCACGGCCACAAGCCCGUCACCGCUCGCCCGUCACUGUUACCACGCCCAUAAGUCCGUCACCGCUCGCCCGUCACUGUUACCACGCCCACAAGCCCGUCACCGUUCACCCGUCACUGUUACCACGCCCACAAGCCCGUCACCGCUCACCCGCCACUGUUACCACGCCACAAGCCCGUCACUGUCACCACGCCCACAAGCCCGUCACCGUCACCACGCCCACAAGCCCGUCACCGUCACCACGCCCACAACUUCGCCUCCAUAUUUACCUGGAGAAAUAUGGAGCAAUAACAGAUUCAUGAUGACACCUUGA